UUAGCUCCUAUGAUUUAGUUCCUUUGUUUGGAAAGCUAGAGAGGGUCGAUAUAAAUGUAGAUAUGCACCAGAACUUGGCGGAAACUUGGGUGUAGAGUGGCCCGCCCCUCCCCCUUAGUGCAAAUCUUGGAAGAGCAAAGGAAGAAAAACGGAAGAUCCUUCGUAGCUGUAAGACAUGGCACAACGAUCAGAACCUCCCGAGGGGUCACUACGGGAACUAGCGGAACAGAAGGAACGAGAAUGGCGAGAAAUCCAGGAACUUCGAGUCGAGACUUUGGACGCAGCCUACAAACAGAAGGACAAGGAACUGAACGAAGAAAAGGCAAAGUUCCAGAAGCUGAAGGAAGACUUCAAGUACAACUUGAGGCUCCUUGAGGAGAGGGACAAGGAACUGGAGAGGUAUGACGCCGUCUUCGCCGAACUGAAGGCAGUGGAGAAUGCCAAAAAUGCGGAAAUGAGUGAGCUGAAGAUCCAGCAGGAUGAGCUGAGGACGGCCGUGAGUCGAGAGGAGACGGCUCGAGUAGAGCUACAGAAACAUUAUCAACACAGGCUCAGGGAACAACAGCAUGAACUGGACAAGUUCAGGAGUUUGAAGGAAGCGGAGGUGAAGAGAGAGCGGGAGGAGUUUGAGAAGUUUAAGCGUGACCUUGAGCGGAGCCUGCAGGAGGUGGAGGCUGACCUUGACACGCAGAAGCGGGAACUCACCACGGGGUUCGACGAGGCGCUACGGAGACGCGAGCACGAGUUCCGUAAACAAGCUGAUGAGAUGAGCAACACGGUUCUGGCACACGAACUCAAGGUAAAGCUGUUGUCCAAAGAGCUUGAGAUGGUUCGUUCAGCCAGUGAGAAGCAGAACACAGAGCUUCAGCACACAGACCAGAACAUACAGCAGCUACAGAAGGCCCUCAAGCAGAAAGAGUGGGAACUGCAGGAUGUUACAAGCAUAAAGAAUGCCAGGAUAGAAGAACUGGAAAAACAGAUGAAGCAGGUAGAGGUGAAGUCACAAAGGCUACAGGAGGAGUUUCAGAGAAAACAUGCAGACGUGGAUAGAUAUGCCAGGGAGAAGGAGGCAGCUCUUUCUGCUGCAAAGGAGGCCCACGCAGAAAGAGAAAGGGCCCUAGAAGAAUCCUUGAGGGACCUCCAAACCCAACUAGAAACCAAAGAUGUGGAGCUCAGGAGACAAGCAUGGAAUCUGCAAGAUGUUAUCAAAGACAAAGACAUGUUCCUGGAAAAGUUCCAGCAGGAGAUUUCUGACCUGAAGACCCGAGGUGAGGCCCAGGUAACAGAACUGUCCAGAAACUCUGUAGCACGAGACAUGGAGCUACAGGCCCUGAGGGAGCAAACCACCAGUCUGAAGGAAGAACUGUUGACCAGGAAGGAGGAUGUGGACAGAUACAAGAAGGACCUUACGUUAGCCCUGGAGAGAGAGUCGUCCCUGGAGCGGGCUAAAGCCCAGCUGGAGCUGGACUGGCAGAGGAGAGGGGAGGACAUGGAGAGACUACAGUACCAGAAAUCUGAGGAACUCAUACGCAACCUCACGCAGGCUAGGGACGAGGCUGUUGCAGCAGUAAGAGAGAAGGAUCGUGAGUUAGAACAGAGGGAGGACCUGGUCAGGAUCCUGACACAGGACAGGGACAGGGCACUGGCCACACUCAGGAGGCAUGGACUACAGGUGGACACACACAUCCCGACGAAAGAAGACUCCCCAGAGCAGACAGACCAGGACCUGUCUGCCUCAGAACAGAUCCAGCAGCUUCAGCAGCAGAACCAGAGUCUAAAAACUGUCAUUCAUCAGAUGAGGGAACAGAUGGAGCAACUGGGUGGGGAGAUGGCACCACCAGCAGCCAAUCAGAUCCAAGGGGUUGUGUCACAUGAUCAACAUGGACCAAUCACUGCAGACUAUGUAAAGUCCCUAGAAGCGGAAGUCAGAGUGUUGAAGGCUAAGAACAGACAGCUGGUUCAGGAGUUGGAGGAUGUCUCAUCAGCAGGGAGACAGGCGGGUGCAGCUGCACCAGGUGCUGGUGUGGAGAAGCCUGUAUCAGCUGACAACGCCUACCUCAGGGCACACAUCAAGGAACUCAACGACACCAUUGGUGGUUUAAGAGUGGAUAAGGUGUCAUCCCAGGCUCAGCUGAAGAAACAGCAGGCCAGGAUCUCCCAUCUGGAGGGCCAACUGGCACAGCUGCAGCAAGAGGCGAGGCAGAAGCAGGUUGAGAAUGAUCAGCUGCAGUACGACCUUGCAGCGCAGUCCAAGCGAGCUGCAGCGGAGACGACGGCCCUCCGCAGCCGCGUGACGGACCUGGAGCUGCAGCUGGCAGAGACCAGGAAGGAGGCAGACGAGUACUACAGGGGAGGGCUGCAGAGGAACCUGGAGGCCACGGCACUCGGGAACCAGGUGUCCUCACUCAAGAUUGACCUGGCCUCAGGGAAAGCUACAUUAACGGGCCCAGAGCAGUCCCUUCUUGUGAAGGAACUCCAAGAUGAAAUUCAAAGCCUCAGGCAGCAGCUGUCAGGUGCCGCUGGUCAUGUGACCACCAAGCAGCCAAUAAGAAGCCAGGGAGGGUCAGAGGUUGUUGAGUUGAGGAGGAAGCUGAAGGGAGCGGCCCAGCACAUCGGUCAGCUGGCCAAGGAGCGCCAACAGCUGAUGGAACUGGGCAACAGGCUCAGGGCAGAGUUGGCCAGAGCUACCGGCGGAGGAAUGCCAUCAUCGAAUGGUGUACCAGGUGCAGCAGGUGACAGACAGCUGCCAUCAGAACGUGCAGCAGGUGUUGCAGGUGCCAGAUCACCUGGUGACAGAGACCGGUCCAGGAGGCUCGGAGAGGAGUACAAGAACAAACUGGGGGAGCUGGAGAGACUGCAGUACCAGCUCACUCAGCAGGAGCUCCGUGUUGCUAGACAGCAGCUACAGCGGGAGCAGAGAGCAGCGGCCUGGGCUGUGGUGGAGUCUAGUGUGGAGCUGGAGUCAAACGGAGAGACAGCCGUACCUGACCAACCUGCUCACCCAUCCAGACCUGUCACUGGUCCUGCACAGUACCCUCCACAUCCACCAACAGCUGCUCCUCGUGAGUCUACUCCAGUAGAAGACACAACAGGUGCUCAGCCAAGACCCCCUACCUCCAGCGGAGCUCCCCUGAUGAUGAGCAUGUCCUCCUACAACGACACAGAACUGCAGGAUGUGUGGAGACUUCUGGAUGCUGGACAGAGCCCCACCUUCUCUACUCCUAGAGAGGCACCCGGUCCAUUGCCACAAUCCAGCAGCCUUCCUUCAUCACACUACCCUGACAGACUCACUGCCCCAUCACAUACCACCCACCCAGACCCAUUCACUGUAGAAGGCAUCAGUGCAGCUCCUGUGCCAAGAGACAGACAGGAGCCUAAGAAGUUAUCAAGCAAGGCUUUGGGGAAAGUUCAGAGGGCCUCUUCUAAGAAACCCAGAGUUAGAAACUAUAACAUAAGAGACAGGGAAGAUUUCAGAUAGCGAUUGAUGUAC